AAAAAGAUUUUUUCCAAACGACUCUCCUUUCGGAAUUCGGAUUUGGGUAACUGAUUCAAUAAAAAGGCCCUCUUAUAAAUAUACUCGAGUCUAAUUUACAAAAAAAAGAAAACGAAAAAAGAUAUACUCGAAUCGCCCAUUGUCGCCAUUUCUUCGGUAAGCAGAGGAGACUACACUCUGUCAAGCAUCAAGUAUCAUGGGGAGAGGCAAGUUCAAGGGCAAGCCCACCGGCCACCGCCAGUUCUCCACUCCCGAGGAGAUGCUGGCUGGUACCUCUUCUCGUCCUCGCACCUUCAAGAAGGAAGUCGCUGAGGACGUAGAAGAUGAGAUAUCUGAUGAAGAAUCUGAAGAGGAGUCUGAAGAUGAAUCUGAGAAGGUGAAAGGACCCCAGGGUAUCAUUCAGACAGAAAAUCCCAACUUGUCAAAGCCAAAGAACUUGAAAGCACGGGACCUUGAUCUAGAGAAAACAACUGAGCUUUCAAGACGUGAAAGAGAGGAGAUUGAGAAGCAGAGAGCUCAUGAAAGGUACAUGAGGUUGCAAGAACAGGGCAAGACAGAACAAGCAAGGAAAGAUUUAGAUCGUUUGGCCCUUAUACGCCAGGAAAGAGCUGAAGCUGCUAAAAAACGGGAAGAAGAGAAAGCUGGUACCUAUCUCUAUAUUCAAUUAGCUGCUUUUAUUCUCCAGAAAUGCAGAUGGCUGAUUUUGUGCUACUCUUUUCUCCUUGUAGCCAAAGAACAGAAGAAGUUAGAAAUUCGGAAAUGAUCUCGACACGCUCAUAAAAUCCAUUCUCUUUGGUUAAUGACAUGAUUUUUUCCUCUGCUGGAAAUUGUUAAUUUUAUUUGAAGAUCUGUGCUUUCUGAUAUAGGAUUUCGUUAUGUAUACAAAAGAUUAGUGUAUAUUUGAAUUUCAUUACAAGAACAUGGGAUAUAUCGUAGAUUAUUAUA